AUGAAAUCCGGAAUACUUUUGGCCACUUUGCUUGCUAGCACAGUGGCGUUGCCGGCGAGAGAAGUAGCCAGCGUUGCACUUUGGGAUAAUGUCGAGCCUGAGAUCAAGGCCGAAGCAACUCCUGUGAAAAAGGACGACCAUAACCAGAGCCAAAACGGAAACAGCACUGAACAAAGUCAGAACAAGGACAGCUCUGCUGCAGCAACGACUUCUGGUGAUUCUCAGUCAACUUCAGAUUCGGAUUCAAACUCGAGUUCCGAUGACAACUCUGACUCUGAUAGCCAAACCGCGGACAAGUCUGACGGCUCUAAGGAAACUUCUAAGUCUCCUAGUCCUACUGGAACACAUAUCUAUGCGAACAAUACCGCAGCUAUCUCGAUCAAUCCGAACUUACCCGCAGGCAGCGUUGUCCUGAAUGUUCCAACUUCAACUGCCAAUACCUACGUCAAAGCUGGUGAGUAUGCGACAUUCGAGUGGACGUUUACGAACCUUAUUGUGUCGCCUACGGCAGUGAAUGUCGAAGCAUACUGCUCCGCAAAUAUGCAAACUUACACUAUCGCCACCAACCAGAGCAUUGAUAACACUAUGGCUGUUUGGAAUACCAGCGACGUCUUGGCCACUGCGGAGGUUGGUCUAAUGACAGCUCAAUACACACUGUACAUCUACGAUUCGAAUGCAACAGCAACCUCAAUCAGCUCAGCCGGAUUCUUGACACCGCUCACCUAUAUUUUUGGGGUCUAUCUGCCGCAAAAGUACCAGCCAUGGGCUCAGAGCAUCAACUACAUGAACCUCGGAGCUGUUAUGACUCCACCGGGUAUUAUGACCACCGUAUUUGGUGUCCUGUCCCUCUUGGUCAUUGGUCUCAUGGCCUAG